AUGUCUGGACUCAAGGCCGGCGACUUUUUCCCCGACGGAGUAAAGUUCUUCUACGUCGAGCCUUCUGGCGACGACAUCAACACUUGCGGGAUUCCUAGGGCCCUGGAUGCCAGCGCCGAGUUCAGGAGCAAGAAAGUCGUGCUCGUCUCCGUCCCCGGCGCUUUCACCCCCGUCUGCUCGUCCGCUCACCUCCCCUCGUACGUUGCCAACCGGGCCGCUCUCGAGGCCAAGGGUGUUGACAUGGUCGUCAUGAUUGCCUACAACGACCCCUAUGUCAUGUCUGCUUGGGCCAAGGCCCACGGCAUCACCGACGCCUUCAUCAUCUGUGCCUCCGACCCGGGCUUCAGCAAGUCCAUUGGCUGGAACGAUGGCGAACGCACAGCUCGCUACGCCAUUGUCGUUGACCACGGAAAGGUCGUCUAUGCCGAGAAGGAGGACGGGAGUGGCAUUGAGAGGUCUGGCGCUGAGGGUGUUUUGGCCAAUCUGUAA